GAGGUUGGCCAUCUCUCUCUCUCUCUGUCUCUCCCCCACCAGCCUCCGGGCUUCUCCGCAGCCUCUCGCCGCUUCAUCAUCAUGGAUUUUAGGAGUAAAAGAGCCGCUGGGAUUAUCGCUCAAGUCGCCCUGCUUCUCUGCAGCUCGUACGGGACAACCGGAGAAGAGGCGUGUGACAGCACGUUGGUGUCCAAUCUGCCGCCAUUGUCCUUCAGAAGUUCCUCACAGCUGUCCAGCAGUCACGCUCCGGGCUUCGCCAAACUUAACAGGAGAGACGGAGCUGGAGGCUGGUCUCCUCUCACCUCAGACAGGUAUCAGUGGCUGGAGGUCGACCUCGGCGAGCGGACCAAGAUCACCGCUGUCGCGACUCAGGGCCGCUACGGCAGCUCUGAUUGGCUGACGUCGUACCUGCUGAUGUUCAGCGACACGGGACACAACUGGAAGCAGUGCAGACAGGAGGACAGUAUAGGGUCUUUUCCAGGUAACAGUAAUGCGGACAGCGUGGUUCAGUACAAACUGCAGCAGCCGGCCAUCGCUCGCUUCCUCCGCCUCAUUCCUCUGGACUGGAACCCCAGCGGGAGGAUCGGACUCCGGCUGGAGACCUACGGGUGUCCUUACACCUCUGACGUUGUGAGUUUGGACGGCGGCAGCAGCAGUCUGGUGUACAGGUUGAGUCCCGGGCUGCGGGGGACGUCCAGAGAGGUCGUCUCUCUGAAGUUUAAAACCCUGAGGAAUUCUGGGACACUGCUGCACGCAGAGGGAGAGGGAGGACUCGGGCUGAGUCUGGAGUUAGAGAGAGGAAAUCUGCUGCUGCUGCUCAGACAAGGUACUUCCUCCUCUGAACCCCGGCGUCUCGCUUCCCUCGGCAGCCUGUUGGAUGAUCAGCAUUGGCACCAUUUAGCAGUGGAGCGGCGCAGCGCUCACCUCAACCUCACUGUGGACAAACACACGGAGAGGAUUCAAAUCCCCGCAGAGUUCAGCGGCUGGGACAUCGAGCAGCUGAGUGUAGGGACAGUGCAGAGCCACGGAUCUCAGAAAGCAGUCGUCUCCAAGAGGACCUUUCAUGGCUGCCUGGAGAACCUUCAGUACAACGGCCUCAACCUGAUAGAAUUAGCCAAAAACAAAGACCACCAAGUCACUAUAAUGGGCAAUGUGACCUUUUCUUGUGCUGAGUCGGUUUCCGUCGCCGUGACGUUCCCGGGCUCCCAGAGCUUCCUCCAGUUGCCAGGGGCGGCUGCGUCCUCGUCGGGGGGCGUGUCCGUUGGGUUCCAGUUCAGGACCUGGAACAAAGCGGGGCUUCUGCUCACCUUUGACCUGCCUCAGGAAGGGGGCGUGGUCUGGCUGUACUUGAGCGAGGCCCGACUCCGGCUGCAGAUCCAUAAAGCCGGCAGGGCGCUGCUGGAGCUCAGUGCAGGUUCUGCUCUGAAUGACGGCCAGUGGCAUUCGGUGGGGGUGAACUCCAGACGAGGUCGUCUGAGCAUCAGUGUGGAUAAAGAGGAAGGAGGCAGCGCUCAAGGCAGUCACUCAUUCCCUGUCACGGUAGAAAGUCACCUCUUUUUUGGUGGUUGCCCUGCUGAAGACGAGAGGCUGACAUGCAGAAACCCCUUUAACGUCUUCCAGGGCUGCAUGCGUCUCUUAACUCUGGACAACCAAACCGUGGACCUGAUAAUAGUGCAGCAAAAGCAGCUGGGAAUCUUCAGCAACCUGCAGAUCGACAUGUGUGGAAUAAUCGACAGGUGUUCACCCAGUCGUUGUGAGCACGGCGGCCGCUGCAGUCAGUCCUGGACCGUCUUCCACUGCAACUGCUCUGAGAGCGGCUACAGCGGAGCGACCUGCCACAGCUCUGUGUAUGAACAGUCCUGCGAGGCGUACAAACACAGCGGCAACACGUCGGGACAUUUUUAUAUCGACGUGGACGGCAGCGGACCAAUCAGACCGCAGCUGGUCUACUGCAACAUGACAGAGGAGAACAUGUGGAUGGUGAUCCAGCACAACAACACAGAGCUGACCAGAGUCCGACCGUCUCCAGGUGUAGACCAGCACUCACCUCACUUUGACUACUCAACUGAAGAGGAGCAGCUAUUGGCCGCUAUCGGCCAAUCGGAACACUGCGAACAGGAGCUGUCCUACCACUGCAGGAAGUCCCGCCUCCUCAACACUCCAGAGGGCUCUCCGUUCAGCUGGUGGCUCGGUGGUCCCGGUCCCGGUCAUGUCCAGACUUAUUGGGGCGGAGCUCAGCCGGGCAGCCAGCAGUGUGUCUGCGGCCUGCAGGGCGACUGUGUGGACCCACAGCACUACUGCAACUGUGACGCCGACCGCAUAGAGUGGGCUGAAGACUCGGGCCUGCUCACCCACACGAAGAGCCUCCCGGUCAGGUCUCUGGUUCUGGGUGACAUCCAGAGGGCGGAGUCAGAGGCCGCCUACAGGGUGGGACCGCUCCGAUGUUAUGGAGACAAGAACUUCUGGAACGCUGCGUUUUUCGACAAGGAGACGUCGUACCUCCACUUCCCCACCUUCCACGGAGAGCUGAGCGCAGACAUCUCCUUCCUGUUUAAAACCACGGCCUCCUCCGGUGUCUUCCUGGAAAACCUGGGCAUCAAAGACUUCAUCCGGAUCGAACUGCGCUCUUCCACUCAGGUGCUUUUCUCCUUCGAUGUUGGUAACGGGCCGCUGGAGGUUCGCGUGGAGUCGAGCGUCCCCCUGAACGACAACCGGUGGCAUCGAGUCCGAGCCGAGCGGAACGUCAAGGAGGCGUCGCUUCGUUUGGACGGACUUCCUGUCGCCACACAGGAGGCUCCUGCUGACGGACACCUCCACCUGCAGCUCAACAGCCAGCUGUUCAUAGGAGGCACAGCGUCCAGGCAGAAGGGCUUUCGGGGUUGUAUUCGCUCCCUGCAGCUGAACGGCGUCACCCUGGACCUGGAGGAGAGAGCGAAGAUCACCCCGGGGGUUCGAGCCGGCUGCCCGGGUCACUGCAGCAGCUACGGCUCGCUCUGCCAGAACCAGGGCCGCUGUGUGGAGGGAGCCAACGGCUUCCACUGUGACUGCAGCCUGUCAGCAUACACUGGAGUCUUCUGCCAUACAGAGGUGUCGGCCAGCUUCAAAUCAGGGACGACCGUCAGCUACACCUUCAAGGAGCCGUACGAGUUGAGCCGGAACAGCAGCGCCCUGCCGUCCUCUAUCUACUCCGACAUGACGCUGAGAGGAGAGAACGUCUCCCUGAGCUUCAGGACCAACCAGAGUCCGGCUCUGCUGCUCUACGUCAGCUCCUACUACAGAGAGUCCCUGGCCCUGCUCAUCAACAAGCACGAUAAGCUGGAGGUGAGAUACAAGCUGGACAGCGGCAGAGACACUGAAGUGUUGAGGAGCAGAGUGAAGAGCCUGGCCGACGGUCAACUACACAUCGUCACCAUCAGGAGACUGACAGACUCUGUGUCUGUGCAGAUUGACCAAAAUCCCAGAGAAGACUUCAACCUGACAUCCAACGGAGAAUUCAACGCCAUCAAGUCGCUGGUGUUGGGCAGAGUGCACGGGUCCGAUGAUUUGGAUCCAGAUCUGUCCCGGUUGGCGUCUCUCGGUUUUACCGGCUGUCUCUCGGUGGUCCACUUUAACUCCAUCAGUCCUCUGAAAGCUGCUCUGCUCCACCCGCACACCAGCCCCGUCGUCGUCACUGGACCUUUAGUCCAGUCCAACUGCGGCGCCUCGGCUUCGGCCGAUCCCUACGCAGCAGAGAACACACGCCACCUGUCAGACCAGUCUGGUUCAGGGGGUUCAGGUCAGCCUUUAGUCAAAGCCAUCAGGACCGACUCUGCUCUGAUUGGAGGUGUCAUAGCAGUGGUGAUCUUCGUGAUUGUGACCGGCCUGGCGAUAACCGGCAGAUUCCUCUACCGCAGAAAAGAGACGUAUAGGAACCAGGAAGUGAAGGGAGUCAAACAGGAGGACAGCCAAGAUUUCCCUUUCAACAACCAGACGGACUCCCAGAACGUCUCUACUGGGAACCCAAAGGAGUAUUUUAUCUAGCUGGGGACCAGAUGAACAUGUGACAGUAAAGUCCUGCCACGCCUCAAGACUUAACGCUGCACUCGGAGCCACUCAGACACUUUGAUGGCAGAAGUGGAUCAACAGCAUGUCAAGGCAAAAAAAAAAAAAAAAAAAAAA